AUGAAUUCUAAUGUAAAUCCAACACCAAGACAAAAUCAUACUAAUGCAUCAGUAUCAUUUACAAAUGAGACAAUUCUUCAACAAGAAAAAAAAGAAGGUUUAACAACAAAACUUCGUCAAACUGUAAAUGCCAUUGGUAAACGUGGAGCAGGUGGGCGGAAUAGACAAAUACCUUUACCUGAUUUAACAAGUUUAACUCCACAAAGUCAAGAACUUAUUUUACAAACAGUUGAAAAAAUAAAAAAUGAAGAUAGUGAACAAGUAAUCGUAACAUUAGAUGAGAGUCGCGAUAUAUUACGAAGUUUAUAUGAAGAAUUUCAAAAUGAACAAAGUGAAUAUAAGAAAAAGCUUGAACAAAUAACAAGAAAUAAAGAAGCAGCAAUACGAAGACGAAGAGAAAAUGCGGUACCAAUUUCAUUGUUUCUACGACAAAAGAAAGAUACUGAAGGUUCUGCUGAUCUACGUCCAAAUUCAAGUAUGAAUGAAACAUAUCAAGCGCAUUUUCAAGCUCUUCUUACAACGAAUCAAAAUCCGGAUCAACAUCCAACAGAUAAAGCUGCUGUUAUUAAAUAUAUUCGUCGACGUGAACGACGAAAACGUGCUGAACAAAAUCGAAAAAGUUAUGAAGUAACUGAUGAGACUCUUGAAAAACAAACUGUAGACUUAAUGGAUGAAUUGGAUAGUAUGGAUAUGAAAUUCGAACGUGAACGACAAAGACAGAAUGAAAUAUCACGUACAAAAAUGCAACAACAGAGGAUUAAAUCACAUAAUGUACUUGAAGCGAAAGGAAUAAUUGAUCAAGCACAUGAAGCAAAUUUAAUACGUCAACGUGCUGAACAAGCACAGCGAGAAAAAAUUGAAGCACGUUUAUCAGCAGUACGUCGUCGAACACCAUCAGCACAAGCACAUAGUAUUCAUGUUCAAAGUCCUGCAAACGAUCGAGAGACAGAUUCACAAUUAACUAAUGAACAAAGAGCGGCAACUCAAAAUUCUAUUCGAAUAUUAAAUGACAAUGAUGCAUUUAAAGAUCUCGAUGAUGAACUCACUAAAAUUAAUAUAUAA